AUGCGGUCGCGAGCAUCGUAUGUAGGAGGGAGUUCUCACCAGCACCAAGCGCAGACGUACCAGCAGGACUUAUCUGUCAUCCUUGUUACGGGGAGCUAUGACCAUGAGAUCCGGUUUUGGGAGGCGUGGAGUGGGAUUUGCUCAAGGACCAUUCCGGGAGUUGGCCAGAAUCAGCAAAUAAACAAACUGUGCAUAUCACCAGAUAAACGCUUCGUCGCCGCUGCCGUGCACAAAAAGGUGCACAUUUACGAGAUUGCAAGCGCAUCCACAACACCAUAUAUAACAUUCGAUGGACACACAGACAAUGUCACCUCUCUCGCAUUUCAAGGAGAAGGUCAUUGGCUAGUGACCGGUAGUGAAGACUCCUCCAUCAGGAUAUGGGACAUGCGAUCGGCACAUACUCAGAGAAACUACGAUAACGCCAGCCCGGUGAACGACGUAAAUAUCCACCCAAAUCAGGGCGAGCUUAUCUCCUGCGACCAAAGUGGAUCCAUCAAGCAGUGGGAUUUGGCAGAGAAUGCCUGCGUUUACGAGCUGGCGCCCGCCGGCCCAGUACCGAUCAGAAGCGUGAAUUUUGCUUCAGAUGGUACAUGCCUGGUAGCUGGAAGUACGAAAGGUCGGAUAUACGUGUGGAAGAUUCGGGACGAGCGUGAUCUUGGAGACCGAUAUGUUGCCGUCAAGAAGUUCGACGCCCAUUCGAAGUACUUGACGAAGUGCCUACUCUCUCCCGAUGUCAAGUACCUGGCGACCUGCUCAUCGGAUUCAACUGUAAAGAUCUGGGACGUUGGAGAAAACUACGAGUUCAAGCAUUCCAAGACGCUCACUGGACACCAGCGCUGGGUAUGGGACGCUGCCUUCAGUGCAGAUUCUGCAUAUCUCGUGACCGCGAGCUCAGACCAUGUUGCGCGCUUGUGGGAAGUUGCCAGCGGGGAGACGGUCCGACAGUAUAAUGGACAUCACAAGGCUGUUGUAUGCUGCAGUCUGAACGAUGUGAGCAUUCCGGCGCCGAGGGGGCGCUGA